AUGAAAUAUAAAGAGGAAAAGAAGAGGCUGGACAACCUGUGGAGUGAGUUGAAAGAAGGGAAAAUCAUGAAGGGGCCUCGAGUCAAAAGAGUGGAGCAGAUAGAGAAGCAAAAUGAGGAAGAAGAACAAGAAGGAAGGAAGUUGGUUGCCAAUCAGGGGAUAGAGGCUGGUCAGGAGACUGAGUCGAGAGAGAUCAAUACAAAGGAGCUUGCAAAUGAACUACAAGUUAUUAGCUUUAAAGAAUCAGGUCCAAAAGUAGGUAAAGAAGAGAGAAACUUCCCUCACAGGAAUAAUGAAGACAAUGAUGCUAAUGGGGAAGAAGGGCAAUUCAGGAUGAGCAAGAGUGCAUAA